UGACAGUGCCAUCUGGCAACACUGUCGGCUUACUUUAAUUUUUAGCGCAUUCCGCAGCGCAAAACAAAACAAAUUUGAUUAGUUAAAUAAUUGACUGCAGUUCACUUUAUUGUUAAGUCAAAGUUAUGGAGAACGCACUUAAACGGCGAUCUUUAACGCUCAGCACGCGUCUGCUGCAUAAGCGCCACAGUGCUUCACCACAGAGCGUACGCACAGGGCACAAUGUAAGUGUAUCCGUGGACACUCCCGGCUCGCCCAACUCCUCAGCAGUAGUGGGAAUCACGUCCGACCUGGAGAGCACUCCACCACACAAACACAAGCCCAGCUUGGACGACAGUGUGGACUUCUCGCCCCGUUUGGACAUCAGCCUUUCGCCCAGCUGCCUCUUCUCCCAGACACUGGCCACCGAAAGUCCGGAGGUGGGCUGGCGCUGGAACCGAAGCAGCAAUGCCACCACGGACAGUGGCUUCGACUCCGCGGAAAUAGGCAGUUUGAGCCAGCGCGAACGACGCCGGCAGAUAGCCUUUAAGGGCGUCGAGGAUAGACGCAGCCAACUGGACAAUGAGCAGUGGCGGGCACAGCAGAUGCGGGCUAAUGUUCUUCUUAAGGAGCGCUGUGCUAGGCUCAAUAGCCAGUUGGAGCAAAUAGCUGUGUCCGAACCAGUAAUGCCACUAAAAACUCCUAAAGCUCCGUCACCUGUUGCUCCCCGCACAAGAUUAACCUGCACGAAGGCUACGCCAGAGCCAGUGCUUUCCCCUGUAGCUGCCUCCGAUCCAAUGGCAGACUUCCUCAACGACUCGGAGACGGAUCUCUUCCUGCUUGAGGCCUCCCAGCAACUGGAGUCGAAAAUAGAACACCAUGAACCUCCCAAAUCAAGCACAAGCACCACACCCACUAGGCACCACACGGCAAAGCGACCCUCCUUCUACAUGAAAUUUCUGGAAGACGAAAGCGAGGGCGAGGACUGGCUAAACGCCCUAGAAGAGGCAGUGCAGCAGGCCACAAUGCCGAAGAAGCCGCGCACCUCGCUGCAGCGCUACAAAUCAAUGCCAACCACAGGGGAUUCGUGCAGCGGAGUGUCCACCCUGACCAAUGUGACGGCCAAUUCAAAUGCCUGCACAAGUGCCUCCUCCGCAUCUGGUUCAGAGCUAAGGGAUACUCCGCGCAUCAAACGGCACGCCAGUUCGCACGCUCUGUCCCCAGCCACAUCGCAUGCGCGCGGCAAACUCUUUGGCAGCCGGAAAUGAAACCCGAUUAGGUAACCAGCCCCUGAAUACAAUCAGCUUCCCUUCAGCGAGUACCAAUUGUGAUGAGCAAAGUUAGAGUUUAAGAUAUUUCGUUUUGUUUCGCUUGACUUGCGUGCCCCCUUGCCUGAGCAUUCUGUAUACGAGUACGCUAAUUGAUUAAUGCAGCUCCAAAGCGUCUUUGAAAAUGUUAAUUUAAGCCUAAUUAAAAAUUAAUUGUAAUUUAAAGCAGGACCCUUAAUAUUCGCAUCGAAGGCCUGUGCGUUCGUUCGGCGCAUGCGACUCGCCAUAUGUUCGGCAUUAUCGGGCCGCGAACGCGCCGCCCACCAGUACCACCAGUACAGGUGGCAGGACGCAGACGGACAGGUGGAUACGACUGGUCGCCGACAGGCAGUGAAUUGACGUCCCCCGGUUGAGCUUUCAUUCACGGAUAGGAAGCUCGUUGAGUGCGACAGCGUUUUAAAUUAAUUGAAAUGUAGGCGAAGGAUUUCUGUUUUAAUAUUCAGACUAUGGUUAUAUAUAGGUCAGUUGGAUUUCUUCGCGUCUUUGAGUUGCUUGAGAAGCAGCUGAUAAACCCAACAAAAUUAGUAUUUAAUUACACGUUACCUAAGUACGCCAAUUCCUCAUCAUCUUCGAUUGUUUCAAUGAAUAUUUCGUUUUCUUUUUUCCACUAUUGAUAAACCUGUUUAAUAUAUUAUUAAGCCUAAUGUAAAUGCUUACAUUGUGCUGGUUUUUUAUAUAUGUAUGAAACAUUCAAGACCCAAGCCUUAAUAAUUUAGUGUAUACAAAAGUAUUUCUUAUUUUUCGUUUAUAUUACAUAAGUUGUAUUGAAAAACAAAUAAAAACUGCAACUUAUU